UGAUUUUUGCAAAAUCGAAGAAGAAGAAGAAAAGUCAGAGAAAAUCAUGGUGAAGGAGAAAUUUUUGGUGUCUCGUGAAAAAAUGUGCAAUUACAAUUAAUUUUCUGGCUCCAAUUGAUGGUUAGCAAGUAAAAUCAGCUCCCCGCUUUGUGUUCAUCUCGUGCAAGUUUGUGUAAAUAGGGUGUUUUAGGUGUAAACAAGAGUUUUUCUCCGCUUACUGACAUCCCCACUGGGUUCCACCAUUUUUGCGUUUAUGAAUUUUCUUUUGCAAAUUCAAGGGGGUAAUCGCAGUGGAAAGUGAAAGAAAGAAGUGUUUAUCAGUGAUUAGAGGCAUUGAGAGUGGGAAAAAGAGGAAAUUACUGUGUCCGAGGUGAAAGUGUGGCAAGAAAAGUGAUUGAAAAAUUGGUGUGUGUUUGGUGGAAGACAACAGGUCCCGAAGGACUUAACCCCUAGAAAUCACCUCAAGUGCAGCAUGUCCAGUGAAAAUUGAGGAGAUCAAUGGCUGAGUCACUUGUCACCGACUGGAUUGCUGACUAUUCGUCGCUGGAUGCCUCGGAGAUUCGGACAUUUGCAGCCCAGCAUGAGCACAAUCAUGAAAUUGCCAGCGCCCUGUUUUCCAUCCUCAAUGAAAGGCACAAAUACACUGACCUGUUGCAUUCAAUAUGCAAUCAAUUCUACAGCUUUUACAAGUCUAAUGAGACAGAAUUGCGUCGAUUUACGUUGCAAUUUGUCCCGAUUCUUAUCUAUAACUACCUGAAUGCAGUGUCGCUGGGCGACAAAAAGAGCUGCCGGAGUAUCGAAAUGCUCCUCAUUGUCAUCUACAAUAUUGAGAUUAGCAAUGAGGAAGGGCAGCCACGUGUUGUGUCAUUCCGAAUGCCAGUAUUAGCUCAGGCCUCAAUCUAUCACGAAGAGAAGAGUCUUCAUGCCACGGAUCUGAGACGUUGGGAGGAGAAUAGCAAUAGGGAUGUGUCCUGGGGACCAAUGCCCGAAGUUGAACAUCUCAAUGCUCAGAAUCGACUCAAAGUUAUGACAGCUCUUAUGUUUGUGUACAAUCAGCAAUUGAGUCAGAUCCAGAAGCCGGCACUGUAUCAUCUCUGUCGAACGGCUUCGCAGUUGGUGAAUCAGGGCUUUUCCAGAGUAGGCCAUGCUCAUAGAUCAUCGUAUGGGAGUGAUCCCAAUGCAACAACAGCCAUGAGACCACUACCUCGGAUUCCGGUUUCCGGACCCUUUCUCCUGGAACUUCUCCAAGCCGUUUAUUUUGCCAUGUUCAAUGAGUUUGCUUCAGUAGCCAUUCAGACCAUCGAAGAUAUUCACAAUAGAGCCUGCUACGAAAUGUUCCCGGACACCAUUCUAGUCACAAAUGCCGUCAAGAAUUCUCUACAUGUCAAUCCUUCCGGUCAACCCAGCGAUGGUCCAAUGGGAAUUAGUGUUGCGCUCACACCAUCACAAACCACCGUGACAGUGUCCAAGAGUAUGAUAACAAAUGCCUCAUUUAGAGCCAAGAAACUUCCAGAUGAUCUCGAAGUUGUGGAGGAUUAUAUGGUGGCACCAAGUCAGCCCACACGAGGUUUCCAGCCCACUCAGCCACAGGGUGACAAUGUGCCUUACGAUGUGACAAAUGGUGGAAGUCCCAAGGGGACAAGGAAGGCAUCCACGAAACGUUGGAGAACAUGGGGUUGGAAGUAUAGUCCGAGUAGUGGGAAAUCAAUGAGUAUUGAAGAGGAGCCUGAAUCACCAAAAAAAUCUGCCUCAUCUUCGAGGCAUUCUAGCCCAAAGGAUUCUCCGUCCAGGACACGCAAUGGGUCACCCAGUGCAUCACCGGUGCGUCGAAAGAAGACCCCAUCCCCGAGGGAUUCGCCCACGAGGCGAGCGGAAGUACGUUCUAGUGCUGGUGCACGUCUGUACCAAACUAUUGAAGAUAGAAAUUUACUUUUGGAUGAUUCUGGUGAUGAGUUGCAGGCACUGUUGGAAUCUGUGCAUAGCCUCAAGCAUACUGUUCGUCCAGCAAGUGUUCACGUUGGUCAAUCGAAUAGUGGGCUGCUGAAAUAGCUCAGGGGAAUGCCACUUUGGGUAUCGGGGGGAGGGAAUAGACGCACAAAAAGACGCAAAACUCCCAUCCAUAUGAUGUCAUAUGGGGAGCAAAAAGUUAUCACACAGACACGAGACAUUGGUUAAUCUCGGGUGAAUUUUCUCCAGAGUCAUCAAUGUGCAAUUAGUGGAGGAUGACGAAGUGGAACGAAAGGUUGAGAUGGCCGUAUAUAGCUAUAGUGCCAUGGGACGACAAAGAAAUGCUAAAUAGGACUAUUGUCACACAAAUUAAUUUAGAUUUACGCUGAGGAUGAAUUUUCAAUUGGCCCACCGUAUGUUGGGGAUAGGCAAUUAAAGGUCUCACACAUAUCCUUAAAUCCCUUUUCUUUGUCUCAUAUUUAACUGAACCCUCGACCCAAGGUCCAUCAAUUUUUGGGAUGGAAAACUUGCAGAAUCACUCUUUGCUUAGUUUAAGGGAUUCGACUGAAAAAGUUGACUUUUCAAGUGGAAAACAUUUAACAAGCUCAAAAUAAAAUUAAACUGAUAAAAACUGGUUUG